AGAGAGACACACAGUGAGCAAUCCUGGAGCGGGGCGGGCAGCCGGGCACAGCGCACGGGACACGGGGGGGCAGAUCCAUCAAACAAAACAGAGCCGGAAUUUUUAGGCGUGUAUCCACGUGUGCUCUAUAAGAGCGACAUACGAUACGUGACAGUGUUUACCGACAUCCACAAACAGCAGGGACUCAUUCACGCGAACGUCCGAAAGCGCGUAUUCGGGAAAGAAACGCUUAAGCCAUAUAUAGCCAGUGUCACAGAGUUAGUCCCUUAACUAUCUCUUACUUCCAGGCGCUUAGUUUUUCUUCAACCAUAUCUGCAGAGGAAGGACAGUGACACUGCUUGGCUGCAGAUAGCGAGCAUUCGUGUGGCUCCUAGCGGCCCUCCGCGCCUCUUCCACGCGACGAUAAUAACGGGGGCCUCUCCCUGAAAUCAUAUCCCCAUAAGGCCAAAAUAUUCAGCCUUACAUGCGACCCUUCCUUUGUCUUUGUCGGAGUAAAGUUUUCCACGGUGGAUAAUUACACGGGUAAAAUACCACGCCGCUUCCCGAAGAUGUGACUUUUGUACGGGCUUUUGAGUAAAGUACAAAUUGCUCACAAUAGCUCACUAGACCUCGCCACGCGUAGUAUUUGUACGCGUGUGAGUCGAGACGGCAAGUUCCACACGUGCGAAGGGAGAAACACACGCUAGCAGGCACAAAAGCAUGCACACACACACACACACACACACACACACACACACGGGGCUGCUCAUAUAUGGCACUGAAAUUCUCUCAAUGAGAAUUAUGACCAUAUUUAGUGUUCCCUGUGUUUUUUUUUUUUUUUUUUAAAUCUUGGCCUCUGGCUCUGAGACAAAUAAACCCAACCUGCACAGUGAAGUGUUUACAGAACCCCACGGCGCAAGUAAGAGGAAACACUGCAUAUACUGUGAAAACUGUACAUACACAUAUUUCACAUUAUAUACAUGUGAUAUUUUUUCAUUUUUAUCAUCUUUAUAUAACGUCAUCUCAGCAUAUUUCAUCAUGUAUGUUAGACAACUGGCCCACUGUUCUCCCAGCCAGGUGAAAGACGCCAGGCUUUAUAACUAAACUAGCAGACAUAAUUCAAGUCACACACUCACUGUCCCGUUACACAACAAAGCAGGAUCUCAGUCCAAGAGCAGGGAGCCUUUGUGCCCAUUAUUACGUAUUUCCGUGGACACUGCGGUUCGUACAUGUGUUUCUCAUCUAGGAUCAUGCGCUACUGUUGUUGGACAAAACUUUUUCUUUAAUAAGGCUGCUGUCGUUUUGCAAACGUUUCUUGGCGACCUAAUAAGCAGGUAAGAAGAGAGACCAGGCUGCUGGUGGUGGUACAAUGAACCGAUUAUAGGUGAAAUGUAAAUGCCGCGUGUGAAAGAGCCUCCCUCCCUCCUGGUUUUGAACUUUUCAGUGAAGAAGGAGUGGAAAAAAAACUGCAGCGGCGCGCGCAGAAAUGAACAACGUGAGUCAGUGACAGCGCGCGCCCGAUUAAUAAGACUGAUACAUUGUGGAUACAUAACGGAUACAUUAGACGAUUAGAUACAUUAUUGAUACAUCAUUAGAUACAUGAUUAUUGAUACAUCAUGUUGCAGAAGGUCGAGCGGAAACGCGCCUCCUCCUCCAAAAGCCUCCUAUUAUUAGCCGCGCCGUGUUGUAAAAUGUGUCCGUUGCUGCAAUUUACUCUGAAAGACAGUAAGUUACUUUUCCUCGACGUGAUGGUAACGUUACAGAAACGGAGCGCAGCGCAGCGGCUCCUUCGCAAGAUCGAAAACUUCAAGGAAGACUUGGGUUUUACAUUGACAUCCUCGCCCUUCCUGUUCCUCAAAAGGACUUUUCGCCCCCCCGAGGGGUUCACUUUAGCGGGACGGCGGACGGAGAACGAGAACGAGAACGAACAAGUUUGUCCGGACCGGGAUGCAGCAACUGGAAAGAAUUCCAAGGGCAAGAUGAAAUCUUUUCCAGGCACGUGGAAGAGCUCCAGCAGUGGUGCCAGGAGGCCACACACCCGCUGGCUUGUGAUGCCACAGCUUCUCUCUAUUAUUCGCCAAGUGGGAAUAGUAACCAGCGCCUGCCACAGCUGCGCUCGACUGCCCUCAUCUCUUUCUCUCGCUUUCUCUGUGGUUUCACCAGUUCUCCGUUUAUUUAGCUGAGAAAGGAAACCAAGACAAGGACUGUGGUGCCUCUCUGCAUGGAUCUGCUCUUUUCAUAUUUUCCAUUCCUCCCACAUUUGCCCGCACUGCAUUUAUUCUUUAUUUUAGGAGAGGGUUGCACAGAGGGAGCUUUGUGUUUUGUAGAUUUUUAUUUUCCCUGAGUUAAUUUCAGGAUAUUUUUCAGUGUCCUCUUUAAGUUACAUAAUGGGAAAAAUUAAAACAGAAGAAUGACAAUUCGUUGCAGUCCUGGGUAGCAGAAACAGGAAUGAACAUUUACACUGAACUACAGCUACCAGCAUUCUGCAAAUAGGCGCCUGUGAAAUUUGUCGAAAGGGCUGCUGGGAAAUAGAGUCCACUCGCUACGGCUUCCUUCGAACUGCCGAAUCGUUGGAGCACGUUAGGUAGCCAAAAAACGCGCAAUGUGGAAAGUGGGGCUACGACAAUCAUUAAGAGAAGUUUAUUUUCAAGAAUUACAAUAUGACACCUCCCCUCACAAACUCUACUUAUCUACCGAUGUUGAUAAUCAUACUGAUGAGAGAGAAAAAAAAAAUGUAGACAACCAACACGAACAAGCAGCCGCUACUCAGCGACGAGUCUCAGAAACAAUAGAAGAAAUUUCCGAGGGUGAGGACUGCAUUCUGGUGUUUGUAGUUUUAGUUCUCCCUGUGCCCCAUGUAGGUACCAAUAUACGGUGAAGUUUAAAACUACAACUCCCUGAAAAACAAAAAAAAAAAAUUUGACAAGCUACACAGACUGCCAUUUUUACCUAAAGCCGUUCGGGUUUGUAGUUCGAAUAUGCAUUUUUCCGAAGGAAUAACUGGUUAAUGAACUACAUUUCCCAUGUUUCAAGGAUUUCUGUAUUUCUACAAAGCACCCGCGGAGCCGCAUCAGUCGUAUGUUGUUAAAAUAACCGUUUCGGGUUAUGUUGUUCGUUUUCCUACAGCGUAACGGUUGUUUAAUUCCACGCAACAACCCAUCCGGGUCCAACCACGUUUGACUUCUUCCUUCGCAAAAUACAAGUUGCCGCAACCGCGGUCGACAGAAUCAUGGCAACGGAAAAUGAAAGCGAUUUUCACAUUUCAGAGACUGCUUCCAAAACCGAAAAGUCUAAAAAGGAGUUCGUGUGGAGCCAGCAGGCUACCUGGCUGCUCCUGCGCACGCGCCUCUCCAUGGACGCCGACUUCAACCGGCCCGUCUGCAAGAUGAAGAAGCUGUGGGCGACGGUGGCCGAAAGGGUGACGGCGAAGCUGCGGGAGCUGGGCGACGACGUCACCGUGAAGGCCCACGAGUGCGACAGCAAGUGGCGGAACAUGAUGUCGACGUACCGCAAGAACGCCGAGAGGGCGAAGAGACGGGGCGCUCAGAUCGUGCACUGGGAAUUCUUCCAGGCCAUGCAUGACGUUCUGGGCAAGGCCGCCGAUGACUCGGACGAGCAGAGGAACGGUCAGCUCAGCAAGAAGCUGGCGACCGUCAUGGCAAGUAAAAAAUUCACGCCAAUCCUUCCGACUCCUCCCCUGCCCCCCACGCCUUCCCCCUCCCCCGCGCCUUCGAGGCCCCCCCAGGACGUUCUACAGCUGUACCUCGAGCUGCAGGAGCGCAAGAUGGAUCUCUGGACCCAACAGAAGGAUCUCGAGGAGAGAAAGAUAGAAGCUAUAAAUAAUCUGGCCAGAGCCAUCUCUAGUCUGGCUGCUGAGCGCAGCUCCCACAGCGUCACCGGGGACAGUGGGUAGACGGCUCAUUGUAAAGAAUAGCUGUGAACGUUGGUACGUCUUCAGGUCAUUUUUCGAACCGCUUUCCACGGUCGAAAGGUCGUGGCAAUGCCGGCCGAAACCCUUGGAAAUGCCGCUUUCUGCAACGAGCAUGAAUGGCAGAAAGACCACGAAGGUACACACAUCAUUAAAUUUUCACCUCGUUCUUGCCUCUUGGAAUGAAAUCUCUAAUUAUUUUUGAUUGGACUGAUUUAGUUAGCUUGUCUACGACUCAUCUUGCAGCCAAGCGACUGAAAAUUGUCAUUUAACUGUUUCUUUUCAAGGUUUUCACCCUCAUGCCUUUGCGCACAGUAAACCGAUGACUGAAUAUUUCUGUGUCGCUGGAGUCAAAUGUGUGUCGCAAAAGUGACCGACGUCACAGCCUUCAAUAAAUCUUUUUAUUCAUAUGAAACAGGAGGAACAUUAAACACAAGUUGAAGUUGGGCAGGUAAUUUCCAGGAACUUGAAAUGCAGUGUGGUGGUUAGAUCCCUCCUCUAGACUCAGGUCAUGGGUUCAAAUCCCACCUCCUGCAG